AAUAACCAGUAGGUUGUUUUCAUUUACGGAGGAAAAACAGGUAUGUGUGGUAAUACUCUCAUCCUCUUUUGCAUUUGACAUUAUGCACGGAGACAAGACAUGCGAACUCUGUAUUCCAUUAAAGAUGCUGAAUGAAAAAGUGGGGGCGAAAAAGCAGCGGAGUGAAGCAUGAAUCUGCUAUGAACGACUCCAAAGAUCAUUUGGGGAUUCGGUCGACGCUAGUCGAAGAACUUUGGAAGAACUGGGAAUGUUCACUUUGUUAUUACUCCUGGCCUCCUCAGCAUCUUGAUUGGCGUUCUACCUGGAGGCGUGGACAUCAUGGCCAGUCCAUGGCAGAGCGACUUGUCUUAUAUGUGGGAAAAAUACAUGGACUGUAGGCUUCAAGGAGCGGAUCUGCAGGUCAGCCUCCAGAGUCUAGAGAAUUUCCUCUGUCUCUUCCACUAUGUGCAGCAUCACCCUCAGCACACCAAAGAUGGACUGAGAUUCUGCUCAGACAUGAGUGGGGCCAGUAAUACGCUGGCAAGGGAGUUCCUGACUGAUGUACACCAGCUAUGCAGUGCGGUGGCACAGAGAGCAGAGGCACGGGAGGAGGAUGAGGAGGAAAGUCAUAUGGUUGCACUGGGGGAGUACCUCGUCAGAGGAAGAGGAUUUUUGUUGCUUAGCACCCUGGAUUCCAUCAUUGACCAGGAGCUGACUUGCAGAGAGGAGCUGCUCACCUUGUUGCUGUCUCUACUCCCACUGGUGUGGAAGAUUCCCGUACAGGAAGAAAAAGCACCAGAUUUCACCCUGCCGUCGCUAUUAGAGGUGUUCCUCAGCCGGGAGGUAAAGGCCGUGCCUCUUAGAGCAGGACAGAAGCCUGGGACAGAUGAACAGGAAACUGGAAAGAGGCCGCGUGUCAGCAGUGGCACCUGGAAAUCAAGGAGGUCACGUAGGACAGCCCAGAAAUACUCUGUAAAGGAUGCUCGGCGCUCCCAAGUUUCUACCUCAGAUUCAGAAGCCAAUGCUGAAGACAAGGCGGGCCCAAGUGGCACAAGGAGCAGAAGGUCGCAUGGCUCUACCAUCCGUGUACAUCAUCUACAUCAUCGUUUGGAAGCCACACAGUUAACGGACUCAGCGACCACCACCACGGAAACCAUGAGCGCGCCAUACCUUCAUCCCAGGGUCUCUGGGUCUCACGCAAUGGACACCGAAACUCUGACAGACCCAGCUGCAAUGUCAAUAUUUAAUCGCAUGGAGAACUCACCCUUUGACCUCUGCUACGUGUUACUUUCAUUACUGGAGAAAGUGUGUAAAUUUGAUAUGAGCAUCAAUCACAAUCCUGGCUUGGCAGUCAGUGUUGUUCCAACUCUGACCGAGAUCCUAACCGAGUUUGGAGAUUGUUGCGGUCCAGGAGGUGGUGGAACUGGGGCCGAUGAGCUUGCUGGGGGCUGGACAGAAGAGCCAAUUGCACUGGUGCAGAGAAUGCUUCUGCGCACCAUUUUGCACCUGAUGUCAGUUGAUGUCAGUCAAAGUGAAACCCUUCCAGAUAGCCUGAGACGCAGCCUGACCGACCUGCUACGGGCCACUCUAAAAAUCCAAAGCUGCCUCGACAGACAGACCAAUCCCUUUGCUCCUCGACCAAAAAAGACCCUACAGGAAGUCCAAGAAGAUUUUUCUUUUUCCCGCUAUCGCCACAGGGCACUACUCCUGCCUGAGCUUCUCGAAGGUGUAUUGCAAGUCCUUCUGGGUUGCCUGCAGGCCUCAACACCCAACCCUUUCUUCUUUAGUCAAGCACUAGACCUCAUUCAUGAAUUUGUCCAGCACCGUGGUCUGGAGCUUUUUGAGACGACAGUACUGCGUCUCGAGGAACUCGGGAUGGCGAGGGAUUCAGAAGUAGGAGGCGAGGCUUCAGAUAGGCUACGAGGUUUAAUUGCCGGGGUCUUCAAGAUUGUAAGUGCAGUGAAGAAAGCAAAGUCAGAGCAGCUACAUCAGUCUGUGUGCGCUCGACGUCGUCACCGGCGUUGUGAAUAUUCCCACUUCCUUCAUCAUCACAGAGAUCUGUCGGGUUUGCCUGUCUCCGCUUUUAAGUUGGCUGCCAGGCGGAACCCCUUUGAGGAGGACGGCGAAGGGAAGGAAGGAAUGGGGGGCGAUGCAGUGCGUUACCCCGAACGCUGCUGCUGCCUGGCCGCCUGUGCUAACCAAUGUCUGCGGCUCCUGCAACGCUUGUCGUCCAGUGGACCGGCCAUAUUGCAAGUACUGGCCGGGGUGCAGGCUGUUGGAAUCUGCUGUUGCAUGGACCCUCGUUCCGUGAUACGGCCACUCCUGGACGCCUUCCAAGCGCCAGGUCUUCGUAGUUAUCAGUCUCAUGUUCUCAGUGUUCUCGGCAGACUAGUACUAGACCAGCUUGGCGGAGGACAGCCCUCGGAGAGAGCGAAGCUUGCUUCAUGUAACAUUUGCACUUUGGACCACAGUCAGUUGCCAGGCCUGGAGGAGACGCUACAACAUGGGGAACUUUCAGCUAUUUCUACCAGCCUAUGCUACCGCUCCCAGGGGAUUCUGCCAAGUGGAGGCAGUGCAGAGGACAUGCUAUGGAAGUGGGAUGCCCUUGAGGCUUACCAAGAGCUCGUGUUUGGAGACGACUGGCACCUGAGCCAGCAUGUCGCUGGUCACGUGUGCCACUUGACACUGCGUGGCAAUGCUGUCGUGCAGUGGCAGCUCUACACACAUAUCUUCAACCCUGUUCUACAGCGAGGGGUCGAGCUAGCCCACCAUGCCCAGCAGCUUGGAGUAUCUACAGUUUGUACCAAAGUCUGCGGCUAUCACACGCAGUGCCUGCCCAUCGAGAUUCUACUCGUAUAUCUGCAAGCAUUACCCGCCCUUCUCAAAUUCAGGGUCAUCCGAGAUCUUUUCAUCAGCUGCAAUGGCCUCAACCAGAUGACAGAACUAGUGUACCUUGACCAGACGUGCUCUUUAGCUUUGAAAGUAUUUGAGAUUCUGAUAACCAGCUUCGGACACCAGCAAGCUGACAGCGCGCUCCAGGAGUUGGAGAUAGCUGUUGCGGAAAAGAAGCCGACAAUCUCAAAUCUGGCUGAGGAUCCGGGCUCUAGGGGAUCUGGAGAGGGUCCUCAGAGCCUCAGCAAGUUCUAUGAAGUGCUAAAGGAGGCAUACCCACGCCACAAAAGUCGUAGCGGGCAGGGCCGUGGAGCAGGUCGUUGCCAAGCAGAGACGCACCUCCAUGUCAUUAACCUCUUCCUCUGUGUUGCGUUUCUGUGUGUUAGCAAAGACGCCGACUCUGACCGGGACUCGGCUAAUGAUUCGGAAGAUACUUCGGGCUAUGACAGUACAGCGAGUGAGCCUCUUGGUGGGCGCUUGGUAUACCUGUCCCCCGACAGUGUGACCCUACCGUCCAAAGAACAGAUCCGACGGGCAGCUGACAUUUGGUCAGUGUGUCGAUGUGUCUACCAGGCCAAUCCUUUGUUCCAGAGGCAAUUCUUCAGACUUGGAGGCUUGGAUGUUUGUUUGCGCCUCAUGAGCAUGGUUAUUCAGAAGCUUUCCUGUAAAUCCAAGGAUGGCAAAGCAAAGAAAAAGGAGCUCAAAGUCAAACGGAGCCCAGACUCCACAGUUAGAGUAGAUGAGCAAGGUCAAGGUUCAAUUAAGAGUACUCCAGCUGAGGGGAAAAGCAAAGAUCCAGCCAAGAGGCUGGAGGAAGAGUGGCAGUUAGAAAGUAUUCGCCUUCUUGAGGCCUUAUUGGCGAUUUGUCUAAACAGUGCCAGGACGGACUUGGAGCUUUCUUCUCAGCCCAAGUCAGUGGGAGAUACCUUGUUAGAAGUCAAAGAGCAGCUUUCUUGCUCGGGGGUGGUCAACUCUGACCUCGCCGUGCCACUCUUUGAUUCUCUGCUGAGAGUAGCUUUGGCCGACGUGUCAUCCACUCCCGAUCCCCCUGAGGAGAAACCAGACAGGGUGAGUCCUGCCUUUGGAGAUGCUAAGUUCCAAGUGCUGGUAGAGGGGGCAGCUCCGACGGGCGAUCUAUCAGAGGAGGUGGACGGCGUUGCGAGCUGCAGCGUCAAGCCCCCUGGGGAAGAGGAGGAGGAAGAGGGCUACGACGCCGACAGCGAAAGCAACCUUGAUGACAUGGACAACCAGGAAGAGGAGUUGAAGGUGGAGUCUGCGCAACGUGAAUUUGCGACAGUGGCAGACGGUCCAGGGCGUGGCCUGCUGCUUUUCCCAGAGAUCUGUACAAUCCAGUUGCAACUACUGGCCACCGGCUCUCCAGACUUGGAUGUCGUGAGUCAUGUGUUUCACAGCCUGCUCGGCGCAGUUCGCGCCAACCACCGCAAUGCCGCUCUACUCUAUGACCAGGGAGGCGUCAAAACCAUCCUGUCUGGCUUUCAUAACAUCCUUAGCCACGCGGACCAUUCACUUAAAGACUGCCAGACUGUUAUAGUGGAGGUGCUUGUUGCCAUGGUGAGCCAGCGAAUCACAGCAGAGGAACUGGCUCUAUUGAUUCGUCUUUUCCUGGACAAGACCCCACCUACUGAGAUUUUACUCCAAGGCAUCUUACAAAUUGUUGAAGCCAAUGUGAACAUAGAGCCUCUUCACCUGCUGGACUUUCCAAUAAUCCUUGGGGCCUCAACACCUGGAGGAGUGUCACCUAGCUCCAGACCAAAUGGCGCUGCUGGAGGGAAAAGUGUCGCUCUCCUCUGGAAGGGCAAACUAUCUCCUGGUCGUUGGGAGGGAGACAGCGAGAUCAGACCGAGUCACCUGCGUUCCUCUCCCUGGCACACUGCUCCUCUCCACUUGCCCCUAGUGGGGCAGAACUGUUGGCCUCACAUGGCCAGUGGCUUCAGCGCCUCCAUGUGGCUUAGGGUGGCCGAGCAAGAGGAAAGAGCAGCAAACAUCGACAAGGAAAGGAGGAAUCCUCCUGCUGCUGAGGCGCACCAUGGCUCACCUCAGGCUACAAAAAGAGGAACGGAAGAAGGCCUCAUUCAUAUUCUAUCCAUGGGCUCCAAAGCACUCAUGCUUCAAGUGUGGGCGGACUUCUUCACUGGCUCACUCACAUUCAGGGUUUGUAUCGACCCAAAUGACGAGAUAAAAGCGGGGCUGUUGGCGCAGGCAGACUCUGUCGAGGGGCUCCUCCAGCCCGGCCAAUGGCAGCACCUCGGCCUCACUUACACCCAACAGCCCGAGGGCAAGAAGAACAUCCAUGGCCGUGUGGUUGUCUGGGUCUGUGGCAUCAUGAAAUGUGAAGUUUUCUUGGACUACACCUUACCCCGAAAAAGCAGUUUAUCCUCUGACAGCAACAAGACCUUCUGUAUGUUGGGCCACUGUAUCCCAUCAUCUGAGGAUCUUACAAAACAGCAUUUAAACUGGAGCAUGGGAACUGUUCUCCUCUUCAACGGGGCCAGAGUAGGGCCUGAGGAGGCCUUCUUCCUAUACACCAGUGGGCCCGACCUGACCUCAAUCAUGCCCUGCAACUAUGGCAGACCUACAGGGUCGUUCUCCAAGUUUGUCACUCAGGAAGCACUCAGGUGUGACAGCGUACGAGAACUUCUGAUGAAAAGCAAGGAUGUGGACACAACAGCCUUAGUGGAGAGCCUGGCAGUUGUGUAUGCUCCCAGCAGUCCGAGGGUCUAUACUAUCUAUGAACCCGUAAUUAGACUGAAGGGACAAGCCAAGACGGUGGUUACCCAGCGGCCCUUCAGCUCCAGAGAAGUGCAAAGUGUUUCUUUAGAGCCAAGCGCUCUCAAAGCUCUGCUGCCAACUGAAACCCAAGGCCUGCAAAGUGUCCUGCAUAAGAUCGGAGGGACAGGAAAUAUUGUCUUCCUCUUUGCACAGACGGUGGAGUUGAGUGACUGUGAGAUGACCCAGGCUUUGGCCUUGCAGAUACUCUUGUCUCUGACCCAAUUCAACCAGCAUCGCAUCCAUGAAAUGGACUAUUAUCAUGGCUACUCUAUGAUACACCAAGUUCUCAUCAAGUCCAAAUGUAUCGUUGGAUAUCAUAUGCUGAAAACUUUGUUGGAUGGCUGUUGUAGCAGACCUGUCUUAAUCCUGGCGGAUGACGGGCAGUUCCGAUUAGACACGGAGUCCAUUGCUGUGGUGCAGGACAUCAGACUGCUCUCGGACAUCUUGUUGGACUGGAAAAUCUGGGCAAAAGCAGAGUGUGGUGUGUGGGAGACACUUCUGGCUGCUUUGGAAAUCCUGAUCAGGGUGCAUCAUCCUUACCAGGUCUUAAACAUCCGUCAGUUCCUGAAAGCUGAAGUGGUGGACCGUUUCUUGCUAACUUGCCAAGUGUUACAGGAGCAUCGGGACGAGCACCUGACUGCCAUCCCGCAGGAAGUUUGUUUGUCUUUUGUCAAAAUAAUCCAGGAAGUGCUAGGAUCACCACCUGAUCUGGACUUGCUAAAACUUAUCUAUAAUUUCCUGCUGGCAGUUCACCCACCUACUAACACCUACGUUUGCCACACUCCAUCCAGCUUCUACUUCUCACUGCACAUAGAUGGGAAGCUGUAUCAUGACAAGUUGCAGUCUAUUAUGUACCUGCGACACUCAAACAGUGGAGGGAAGUCCGCCAGCAGCUCAGUGGUGUCUCUUUCCCCAAUUGUCUUUACCGAUACUCCCCACGAAGGCCAUCUCCUUGGUCCAUCGCCUGAGCACGGGGGUGAUGAUCAAUCCUUACGCCCACCCAGCCUUGCACCGUCGCCUUACUCAUCCCCUUUAUUGACACCCCGCCUCACUCACAGUGGCGUGAAUGAGACUCGCGACAUCGAGCGGGCGUCGCUGACCGCCCAGCAUGCUCUGGGCAGUACCGAAACGCUCAAGAAGGGAGGAGGUGACGAGCAGCUCCUCAGCAGUUGUGAAUCCGCCAAGACGAUUUGUGACUCGAGGGACAUUGGUAAUGAAGGAUCUCGACGCACCCCGUCCAUCAGCGUGGAGGAGGAGCGGGACGAGGCUACGGAGGUGGACAGCUUGGCAGAAGGGAGUGUGGGCGUGGUGGAGUCCGAGGACAGGUUUGACUGGGCCAGUGAUGAGGCGCCUCGACGCCCUGACAGCUUAAAAGGUAUCCAAUCCUUCCAGAGGAGUCACAGCAACCUGGCCAGUCUGGGAUUGGCUUUUCCGGCUCCGAAUGGCUCAUUGGCAGUCAGUCGCUGGCCCAGUGCAGCCGAUCGAAGCUCUGUACCUGAAGACUGGGAAAGUUACACCUACUCUCCCGGAUGCGAGAGAGCACACAGCAAAAUGGAUUCCAAUGACCGGUGCAGUACGGAGGACUGCUUACUUCUCAUCUGCUGUGGCCUCUAUGACCUUCUGAGGGGUGUCCUACUACUGUUGCCGGACCUCAUGCUUGAGGAGGUUAUGGACAAACUGAUCCAGCCUGAGGCCCUAACUGUCCUGGUCAACCACUCAUCACCUCUCAUCCAGCGAGGAGUUAUGAAGCUGCUGGAUGCAUACUUUGGCCGAGCCAACAAGGAGCAGAAGGAGAAAUUCCUGAAGAAUCACGGUUUCUCCCUGCUGGCCAACCAGCUGUACAUCCACCAGGGCAGCCAGGGGCUCAUCGAGUGCUUCCUUGAGAUGCUCUUUGGACGGCCUGUGGGCCUGGAGGAAGAUCUGGAUCUGGAGGAAAUGGAAACAAUCUCACCUUUCACAAAGCGUUGCAUCAUCCCAGUCUUGGGUCUUAUUGAGAACUCCCUGUGCGAGAACUCUUUAGUGCACAACAUCCUCUGCAUGCUACUGCAGCUCCUCAACGCCUGCCCCAAGCUGGCAGACAUCCUGCUCGAUCACGGGCUGCUCUACGUGCUCUUCAACACCCUCUCCACCCUCAAUGGCAUGGAGACCUGCAUUCCCCUGAAUGAUUACAAGCUCCUGGUUUGCGACAUCCAGCAGCUGUUAGUUGCUGUAACCAUCCACUCCUGCAGCUCUUCAGGGUCCCAGUACUUCCGCAUCAUUGAAGACCUCAUUACCUUGCUCGGUUACAUGCAGACCAGCAAGAUGCGGCGAACACAGGAGAUGGCAGUUGCUUUGCAGUUUCGUGUCCUUCAGUCGGCUAUCGAGUUUAUAAAGACGACAGCCAAUCAGGCACCUCAAAAGCUGAGCAGCCCCCAUAAUGCGCCGAGCUCGCCUCAUCACACCAUUUACCAGAAACGAAAGAGCAUUGCAGGUUCCAUUGCCUUGAAAGACUCCAUUAUCCCUCGCAUCCCCAGGCAGCACUACUGCUCCUACGGCCAGAUCCCCUUGCCCUCUCCCUUCAGCUUCCUGUCCCAGGACUCCCCCCUCCCCUCCCCCACUGGGGCUCCAUCCUACAUGCUCCACUGUGAUGCAGGCCGGCGUCGCUUCUCGUUAGCCCAGACCGACUCUUUGCUGAUGCGGAUGCGCUCCGUGGCCAGCGAUGAACUCAACCAGAUGAUGCAGAGGAGGAUGAGCCAGGAGAACCCCAUCCGUGCUAGCGAGACGGAGUUUGUGCAGCGGCUGCAGAGGCUCGUGGUCCUUGCUGUCAACAGACUCAUUUAUCACGAUGUCAGUCAGGAUUUGUUUGACCUGCUCAACAUUCCAGAUUCCCCAGACCAACAAAUUUUCACACCAGAACUGGGAGACAAUUCUCACGAAGAGAGCAGCUCUGCCUCUGCCUCUGCCCCUCACUCACCUACUCCUUUCACAUUGCCACCUGCCAGCAAAAAGAGUUUGCAGAAAGACAUUCUUAAACUCAUGAUGGAUGGAAUCAAAAUAAGCCUGGGCAGUACUGGUCGAGGAGGAGCGCCGCAUCAGCAAUGGCGAAGAAUCCUAUGGUCAUGUCGGGACACGUUCCGGGUCCAGAUCGGUCGCCUGUUGGUGCACACAUUGAGUCCUGCCCGUCCCUUGUCUGACAGGAAAGAAGCACUGGAAUUUGUUCUUGAUCCAAGACAUUUGGAUAUCCUUAAGGAGAGCCUGAGCCCCGGUCUAGAGCAUGGACCCAAGUUGUCACUGUACCUUUAUGAAAUGCUGCACGACCAUAAGGACAACCUGACCAAAGAUGAGCAGAAUGCUGUGGGCGUAUUCAUGACCUCGCUCAAGCUUUGUGGUCACCGCUGCAUCCCACCCAACGUUCCACACAAGCAGGAUCUACUCAAGGCCAUUAAAGAGGAAAAAUUAAAGUAUGAAGCAGAGGAGAAUACAAGCAAGGUAGCAUGGGAAAAGAAAAUGACCAGCACCCAAAAGAAUCUCAUCCAGAGGCUCGACGGAAAGUCCAAAGACAUUUCCAAGAUCGCGGCUGACAUCACGCAGAAUGUGUCUUUACGGCAAGGUAUGGAGAGAAAGAAAGUCAUCCAGCACAUCAGAGGCCUCUACAAAACAGACCUGAGCGCCAGCCGCCACUGGCAAGAGUUGGUGCAGCAGCUUACGCAUGACCGUGCGGUCUGGUAUGACCAGACAUCCUACCCUACGUCCUGGCAAUUGGACCCAACUGAAGGGCCAAACCGUGAGCGGCGGCGACUGCAAAGAUGCUACCUCACCAUCCCAAACAAAUACUUGCUCAAAGACAGACGUAAGCCAGAAGACGCAGUGAAGCCAUCACUGUCAUUCCUGUUUGAGGAUAAGACGCACUCGUCUUUCUCCUCCACCGUGAAAGACAAAGCCACUAGCGAACCCAUCAGGUUUACCAGGCGCUGUAUGAGUGUGGCCCCCUCCAGAGAGACAGCAGGAGAGCUGCUUCUAGGGAAGUCUGGAAUGUACUUUGUCGAGGACAAUGCUGCAGACGCUCACGAUGGUCAGAGCCUUCACGGUGAGACAGAAGCACCGUCUUUCUCUUGGACAUAUGAGGAGAUCAAAGAGGUGCACAAGCGAUGGUGGCAGCUGAGAGACAACGCUGUGGAGAUAUUCCUCACCAACGGACGAACACUGCUCUUAGCUUUUGACAACAACAAGUUCCGUGACGACGUGUACCACAACAUCCUGACGUCCGAUUUGCCCAACUUGCUGGAGCACGGCAAUAUCACGGCACUCACGCAGCUGUGGGGCUCGGGGCAGAUCUCCAACUUUGAGUACCUCACACAUCUCAACAAGCACGCCGGCCGCUCCUUCAACGACCUCAUGCAGUACCCGGUGUUCCCUUUCAUCCUGCGAGACUAUACCAGUGAGACGCUAGAUCUGCAGGACCCCAACAUCUACAGGAAUUUGAGCAAGCCGAUCGCCGUCCAGUCCAAAGAGAAAGAAGAUCGCUAUGUGGACAAUUUCAGAUAUUUGGAAGAGGAGUACAGGAAAGGCAUCCGGGAGGACGACCCCAUGCCUCCCGUUCAGCCUUACCACUACGGCUCUCACUACUCCAACAGCGGCACCGUGCUGCACUUCUUGGUCCGAAUGCCUCCUUUUACCAAGAUGUUCCUAGCCUACCAAGAUCAGAGCUUUGAUAUCCCGGACCGGACGUUUCACUCCAUGAACACCACGUGGCGGCUCUCGUCCUACGAGUCCAUGACGGAUGUGAAGGAGCUUAUCCCGGAGUUCUUCUAUCUCCCAGAAUUCCUGGUCAACAGAGAGGGUUUUGAUUUUGGGGUUCGUCAGAACAGCGAGAGGGUAAACCAUGUGAAUUUGCCUCCCUGGGCCCGGAACGACCCACGUCUCUUCAUCCUGAUUCACCGUCAGGCGCUGGAGUCGGAUCAGGUUUCUCAGACGCUGUGUCAGUGGAUCGAUCUGGUGUUUGGACUCAAGCAGAAAGGAAAAGCUGCCGUCCAGGCUAUCAACGUUUUCCACCCAGCUACCUAUUUCGGUAUGGAUGUUUCGGCGGUAGAAGACCCGGUACAAAGAAGAGCGCUGGAAACCAUGAUCAAGACAUACGGACAGACUCCUAGGCAGCUUUUCAACGCCUCCCACAUCAGCAGGGCCGGACCCAAGCUCAUGAUGGAGGGCGAGCUGCCCGCCGCCAUGGGUCUCCUGGUUCAGCUCGCCUUUAGAGAAACCAGAGAGCAGGCCAAGGAGAUUGUCUGUCCGAGCCCACUGCCAUGGAUCAAAGGUCUGAAGUGGGGCGAGUACGUGGGGUCUCCCAGCGCUCCUGAUCCGGUCGUGUGCUUCAGCCAGCCUCAUGGCGAAAGGUUUGGAUCACUGCUGGCCCUGCCUACGCGGGCUAUCUGCGGCUUGUCACGCAAGUUCUGCCUCUUGAUGAUUUACAGCAAGGAGCAGGGUGUUCGCAGCAUGCACAGCACGGACAUCCAGUGGUCGGCCAUUUUGAGUUGGGGCUACGCAGAUAACAUACUGAGGCUGAAAAGCAAACAGAGCGAACCACCCAUCAACUUCAUUCAGUGCUCUCCACUGCAUCAGGUGACCAGCUGUGCUUGGGUGCCCGAUGGCUGCCAGCUAUUUACGGGAAGCAAGUGUGGAGUCAUCACCGCCUACAGCAACCGCUUCACUUGCGCCACGUCGGAGAUGGAGGUGGAGUCUCAGGUUCACCUGUACGGACACACGGGGCUGGUUACUGGACUUUUUGUCUGCAAACCUUACAGCAUCCUCAUCAGCGUCAGUACAGAUGGUACCUGCAUCCUCUGGGAUCUCAACAGGCUCUGUUAUGUGCAAAGCCUUACUGGCCACAAAAGCCCAGUAACGGCAGUUUCUGCCAGUGAGACCACAGGUGACAUUGCAACAGUUUGUGACUCAGUCGGCGGUGGCAGUGAUCUGCGUCUGUGGACUGUUAACGGAGAUCUCAUCGGUCACGUGCACUGCCGAGAGAUCAUUUGCUCCGUAGCGUUCUCCAAUCAGCCGGAGGGCGUAUCGGUCAACGUCAUUGCUGGCGGGCUGGAAAAUGGCGUUGUCAGACUUUGGAGCACGUGGGACUUGAAACCAGUGAGAGAGAUCACCUUUCCCAAGUCAUGCAAGCCCAUCAUCAGCCUGACAUACUCGUGCGACGGCCACCACCUGUACACGGCCAACAGCGAGGGCACCGUCAUGGCCUGGUGUCGGCGGGACCAGCAGCGCAUGAAGCUGCCCAUGUUCUACUCUUUCUUAAGCAGCUAUGCCGCAGGCUGAGUGCGUGUGUGUGUGCGCGUACAUGUGAGAAGGUGAGAAGUGGUUACUGCCUUGCAGGUGUAUCCUCACUUCCACCUCAGCAAGAGAAGCUGCUGCUUUUUCUCACUCCUCCUCCUCCUCCCAUGGAGAGAAAUAAAUGACUGUCUCAAUACCCUGCUUGACUUUUAAGCCGAGCCAUAUAUAUAGAUAUAUUGAAUUAAUGAUUUCGUCAUGGCUGCAAUAGACACUUUAUUACUUUCCAUCAUCUGUUGUUUUCCUUGCCUGCCGCUCAUUUUUCCCUGUUAAAGCUGCUAGCUUGGCUAAAAAGCCAAACAUUCUCGUCCGGGCUUUCGACAUGUCUCAAAUAAACGAACGAGAAAGGACAGGCCAACGUGUUAGUUAGUACUGCAUGCCACAAUGACACUUGAUUGUGUGGAGGUGACGCGCUCUUAGAAGUCCACCUUUUAUCCAUUGUGUGAUGUUGAGAUUGCUUUUAUUUAUUGGAAAUUGUCUGCAGGCCAGCGCACUACAUGCAACCUCUCACACCGCUUCUGUCUCUCCUGUAUCUGAGCCUUUUUCGAACCCUCACGCAACAAUGUUUCAUUUCCCUCAGAUUCUGUACGCUUUCUAACAGGCAACCAAAUGACUCGCUCCUUUCAUGCUGCUUUCUUAUUUUACAUUCCCUCACCAAGUUGCUGCACUUUUUUACUUUGUCCAUUAGCAUGGUCUGUUUUAGUAAAUGUCAACCAAAUCCCCUUUCAUCCGCAGAGAGCAAUAUCAAAUUACAUGCAAUAGUUCCUCAUUUUUAUUGUUUUGCUUUUGGAGCCUGCUGCAGCAAUGGCUUACAUUUCACUCUUGUUCACAAGAAAGGGAAUAUUUGUUUAUGAAUGAGACUUUUCUCCUUGUGAUGCGCAUCUCUUAUGUUUUUGUCCCCUCAUCGUGCCUCAUUACGUGCAGCCUCUCUACUGCACAGGACCACCCUUUAUUUACUUUUUCCUUGAAUGUCUUUUCCACGACCAAACAUUUUACAAGAAUCACCUUUUUUUUUUUUUUCUUUUGCAAUUUCUAAGAGUGUGACAGAACGAAGUAAGGAUGAUGUGAAGAACUUUUUGUGUCUGUGUUGAAACAGACGAAAGUAUUUUUCUCUCGAUAAACUUGAGCUAUGCAUAAAUGAACUUUCUUGGAUGGUGUCGGAUCCAAUCGACCUCACUGGCGUGAUUGUGCAUUUUGAAAGGUCAUAUUUUGUUUGUAUAUGGGUAUGCGUGAACAAACAGUGAUAAGCAUAUUCUAAAUAUAAAUAUAUAUAUAUAUGUAUAAAUAUUUGAAGAACUAUUA